CCGCAAGCUACACGUACGCCAGCUACCGCUAUUUGCUGCUUUCAACAGCGAACCAUAGGCCGUACCAUUUGCUAAGUUUGUGCUACAACUGCGUACAUGAACAUGCUACGCUUCAAAUACGUCUAAAUGUGAUCUUGAUAUCUAGUUAUUUAGAUAAAUGAACUGUUGAACUGAGACGCAUCGCGUUGAGCAUACAGGAGGCGGAAGUAGCGGAACGCCGGAAGUAACAUGGACGCAAUGGUGUGAAGCUCGUCGAACUUCGAACUUGAGUCAUGUGAUCUAAAUAAGUUUGCAAAACUUACGUGUCUGUUUCUCUUCACGUAACGAUGGACGCUGGUAAUAAUUCUACAGCGGAGACCGAGCUAGAAACUAUGAAUGGUUAUCAGGGUACAUCACUGAGAAGUUCGCCCAGGACGAAAACAAAGGACAAAGAAAGAAAGCCUGCGCAACAAUCCAUCGAUAUAGUAGAUGGAUACCCAGGAAAGUUUCUGGAGAACAUAACAAAUAAUUUAGGUGUCGAUCGGGAGCCAGAUCUCGGAUUGGCGCUGACAGUGUGGAACUGCUGGGCUUCCUCGAUGAACAAGAAACCCAAGUGUCAUCGGAGCGAUGCAAAUCUGCCAGCGCACAUUCCCUACGCCGGAGAGCUGAGCAUGCUGACUUCGGAGCAGGCGGAGACUUGCCUGCUGCUGCUGCUGAGCAGGCUUCGUGUCGGGGGCAGCGUCGCAUUGCCCAUACCCAGCCUCGUGAGGAUCUACAACCACCUCGCAAACUUCUUCAUGCUGAGUUGCGCGAACCCGGCGACGUACACGAGUCUAAUCCUGCGGGGACUCCACAUCGGCAAGGAGCUCCAGAGACAGCGUGGCGCCGACGGCAGGACGUCGGACGCAGAGGACGCCACGUCGGUUGUAGGUGGCGCCGGCGUCACCCCCGUCACUGCCGAGCAUGAGAAUGCGUUGUGGGACAGCAGUGUGUUUAGUGUAGAUUCAGCAGAGGGCGCCAGCUACGCUGCAUUCUUCUACAUGUGCAAAACGUUUCGGCUGCUGGACUUGCAGAAGCAUGCGAGGCUCUCACCAAGUGAUCUGAUCACAGAUGAACGUGAGGAUACAGAUGGCAAGAUGCGGCAGUGCCUUAGACUCACCCCGUCGGAUGGCCAGAGGUAG